AUGGCUUCUCAGAACCAGGGCCGCAUCGUGCCUAUGCGCGUCAUUGUCUGUGGCGUUCAUCGCACAGGCACAUUGAGUAUUCGAAACGCCCUCUGGCAACUCGGUUUCCACGACUGCUACCACAUGCAAUCCCUCAUCAAGGACCCAUCUCGCGCCCCAGAAUGGAUCCGUGCUUUCGAAGCAAAAUACGCCAACCAGGGUUCUUUCACCCGCGACGACUGGGACCGUCUUCUCGGCGAUUGCCAAGCUGUCUGUGAUGUCCCCGCCGCCUUCUUCGGCGCUGAACUAGCGGAGCUGUAUCCUGAUGCCAAAGUUAUCAUUCUUAACCGUGAUCCUGAGAAGUGGUAUGAGAGCGUGCUUAAUAGCAUUUAUUUGCUUACUUCGCCAAAGGAUGUUUGGGGCAAGUUGAGUAUGAUUUAUUGCUUUUUGCUGGAUUCGAAUAUUCAGUAUAUGGCCAAGUAUAGCAAAUCUAUGAAGUCGCUUGUGCAAAAGUAUGAUCAUGGGAAUGAGAAGGAGAAGGCGCUGGAGUGGUACAAGGCGCAGUAUGACGAAUUCCGCGAGCGUAUCCCUGAAGAGCGUCGCUUUGAGUAUACGAUUACUGAUGGAUGGGAGCCGCUUUGCAAGUAUUUGGAAGUUCCUGUGCCAAAGGUUGAGGAUCCAAAAACUGGUAAGAUGGUCGUCGUGCCUUUCCCGCAUCUCAACGAUGGAGAAACGUUUCGUCAGAAUAGCAAGGUCAUGAAGAAGAAGAGCAAGGAGAGAGCGAACCAAAAUUUGCUUGCUGGUGUGGGAAGAUUGGCGUUGAUGGGUGUUGUCGGAUAUGCUGGAUAUCUUACGUGGAAGACUCGACUUGGAGGACGAGUCUAA